CGGCCGGCAAAACGGGGCGGGCUGGAGGCGGGGCCCGGCUCGGACCACGCGAGGCGGAGCCCGGGAGCUGACGCGACCGCCCCGCCCCCCGGGCCAUAACCGUUUGUCGUCGUCGCCGCCGCCGCCGCCGCCGCCGACCGAACGCCGGGAGCCGGAGGCUCGGACCCGAAGCCGACGCCGGGCGCCCCGCCUCCCCGCCUGCCAUGGCCGCGCCCCGCGCUCUGGCGGCCGCCGCGCCCGCGUCUGGGAAAGCCAAGCUGACGCACCCAGGGAAGGCGAUCUUGGCAGGCGGCCUGGCGGGCGGCAUCGAGAUUUGCAUCACCUUCCCCACCGAAUAUGUAAAGACACAGCUGCAGCUGGACGAGCGCUCGCACCCGCCGCGGUACCGGGGCAUCGGGGACUGCGUGCGGCAGACGGUCCGCAGCCAUGGCGUCCUGGGCCUGUACCGAGGCCUCAGCUCCCUGCUCUACGGCUCCAUCCCCAAAGCGGCCGUCAGGUUCGGGAUGUUUGAGUUCCUCAGCAACCACAUGCGAGAUCCCCAGGGACGCCUGGACAGCACACGGGGGCUGCUGUGCGGCCUGGGUGCCGGUGUGGCUGAAGCCGUGGUGGUCGUGUGCCCUAUGGAGACCAUCAAGGUGAAGUUCAUCCACGACCAGACCUCCCCAAACCCUAAGUACAGAGGAUUCUUCCAUGGGGUCAGGGAGAUUAUUCGGGAACAAGGGCUGAAGGGGACCUACCAGGGCCUCACAGCCACUGUGCUGAAGCAGGGGUCUAACCAGGCCAUCCGCUUCUUCGUCAUGACCUCCCUGCGCAACUGGUACAGAGGGGACAACCCCAACAAGCCCAUGAACCCACUGAUCACCGGAGUGUUUGGAGCUGUUGCUGGCGCAGCCAGUGUCUUCGGGAACACUCCUCUGGAUGUGAUCAAGACCCGGAUGCAGGGCCUGGAGGCACACAAAUACCGGAACACAUGGGACUGUGGCUUGCAGAUCCUGAGGAAUGAGGGGCUCAAGGCAUUCUACAAGGGCACCAUCCCCCGCCUGGGCCGGGUCUGCCUGGAUGUGGCCAUCGUGUUUGUCAUCUAUGAUGAAGUGGUGAAGCUUCUCAACAAAGUGUGGAAGACAGACUGAGUCCCUUAGGGGGUCUGCAUGGGGGUUGCCCCCAGGCACCUCCAGACCAGUCCCCACUGCCCUCAUCUCACGAUUCCAGUGCAGUCGUGCCAAAAGGCCCCUUUUCCCUAUUCCUUGCACUCCGUGGCCUGGGUCUGUACCCUGUAGCCAUUGAGUCCACAUGUCCCUUAGUGCCGUGUGUCCCCUGUGGUGUGUAUGACACCACCAUUGAGUCCAUGUGUCUGGCCAAGGCUGGGUGACCCUCUGGCCUGUGAAUCUGUGCCCACUUGUCCAUGUGCUUACUCAUGAGCCGUGUGCCUGUGUUUCAUGUUCUGUGUCAUGUGACCCUGUGCCCCGCUUCCCCGGGGUGCCCAUGUGGCUUGGGUCCACGGCCCUGUAGCCAUGGCCCGGUCCCAGCCCGGUGCCUUCCACCCUGGGCAGCAGGGGCACCUGUCCCGGCCUACCACAGCUGCCUCCGGGCCUCAGCCUGGCCUCGCCGCAUUCCAGGGGCUAUGUGCCCCCUGCUUCUCCCGCCACUGGCCUUAACUGGCCCUUGGGCCCUCCCUCUGCCCGGGACAGGGUGGCACCUGCCACUCUCAGGACCACCCUCCCAAGGCCGAAUAAACCGGAUCCUGUUGUA